GCAAUCAGCAAUCUGACUGUUCUGCAUUCUGUGGGAUAUUGAGAGACGUUUUUGUGGAACGAUUCGUUUUGGACGCCAAGCGCAUAUUCGCUGAAGAUGGACGACAAGGUCAGUGGAAACGCAGCCGUCGAGGCCGCCGAGAGCAAUGCCACCCCCGCUAAGAAGGCUAGCAAGAGUAAGGCUAAGUCGCAGCAGAAGAAGGUCUCGUCGCAUCCGCCAACCUCCGAGAUGGUGACGGCUGCCAUUAAGGAGCUGAAAGAUCGUAAGGGCUCAUCCUUCCAGGCGAUCAAGAAGUACGUCGUGUCGACCUACAAGAUGGAUGGCGAGAAGGUCGCUCCGUACAUCAAGCGAUACCUCAAGACCGCCGUCUCCGCGGGUGCUGUCGUGCAGACCAAGGGCAAGGGCGCCACCGGCUCCUUCAAACUGUCCGUGGACAAGCCGAAGCCCACCAAGGCCAAGGGGAAGACGCAACGUUCUUCGUUGGUUCACUCGGAAAUACUGAAGGCGGGCGCGAAGAAGGACUCGCGGGCAGAGAAGACCACGCGGAAACCAGCUGCCGCGAAGAAGGCUGCCGCUAAGAAAGCCCCGGCGAGCCCGAAGAAGCCCGCUCAGAAGACCGUCGCGAAAACUGCCGCGAAGAAGGGCAGAGCUGCCGCGGAGCCUAAGUCACCAUCGAAGGCUAAGAAGGCCGUGAAAGCACCCGCGGCGAAGACCAAGACGCCCAAGCCGAAGAAAGCCACGGCAUCGAAGACCGUGAAGGCCGCAGCGAAGAAAUAAUUGUUCUGCGAAGGAUAUACUCGCUACAGUUGUAAUGGCCCUUUUCAGG